UCAGGUUAUGAUUCCUGUCAUACCGACGAGAUGCAGCGACUACGACCAUGCCCUGCGGCCACACGCGCAUGCUCAGUGGCCGCACGCGCAUGCAGCAGAUCACGUGACAACUGUUUGGUUGGUAUAAGUCAGAAGUGUAACAUAAUUUGAAAUGAUAGUCUUUUGUUUUAUCAUAAGUCAUCGUGUCAAAAUGCAGCUGCACGAGUUUUUGGCAGUGACUCACGAUAAAGACAAAUUAAUGAAUUAUUUAAUAGAACAUAAUGUGAUAAGCAACGAAAUAUAUUGUCCGAAGUGCAAUAAUAAAUUAAAGUUAAACAGAGAUAAUUUCUCAUUUCGUUGUCGGAAAGCAUUAUAUGAGAAAGAUAAACAUAAAAAAUAUGUAAAGAAACAAUGCACAUUUAGAGGAACUGUUAGAUUUAAUACAUGGUUCAGCAAAUCUAAAUUAAGCUUGGAAACAAUAUGCAGGAUGACUGCAUAUUUUAUUAUGUUGAGACCUCCGAGACUUAUGUUUAUGUGCACAGAGUUGCAACUUUCUCAGCACUCGGUUGUUGACUGGAUUUCUUUUUGCCGAGAAGUUUGCAUAUAUUGGGCCGAAAAGAAUUCGACGAAACUUGGAGGUCCCAAUAUAAUCGUCGAAAUAGACGAAGCAAAAAUCGGCAAAAGGAAGUACAAUCGUGGCCGAAUAAUCGACGGAAAGUGGAUCUUCGGUGGAUACGAACGUGGCACAAAAAAAAUUUUUAUUGUGCCAGUGCAAGACCGCACGGAAAAAACUCUGCUUGAGCUGAUCAAGGAGUGGAUUCUACCUGGGACGACGAUAAUGUCGGAUUGUUGGAAGUCGUACAACUGUUUAAACAGUGAAGGCUUCCAACAUCUGACAGUAAAUCACUCGAUGAAUUUCGUCGACCCAGAUACUGGAGCCCACACUCAGAACAUUGAACGUGUUUGGAGAGAAGUAAGGGCUAAUAUCCCACGGUAUGGAACGCGUUCUUCGCAUUUAGUGGGAUAUUUAGCUGAAUAUCUCUUCAAACGCGUUCAUGCUUAUGAAGAUCGCUUAAGCAGUUUUUUCCGUGCAAUUGCGGACUUGUAUCCACCGAAGACUGUGGACGAUGAAGCAGAUGUCUCGGAGGCUACAUAACUUCAAGAUUAAGUUAGAUCUGCUAAACCAUGUAUUAAAUCUAACACUUCCUUUUAAUGUGCAUUGUUUCUCCACAUAUUUUUUAUGUUUACUUUUCUCAUAUAAUACUUUUUGUCAACGAAAUGAGAAAUUAUCUCUGUUUAACUUUAAUUUAUUAUUGUACUUUGGACAAUGUAUUUUAUUACUUAUCACAUUAUGUUCUAUUAAAUAAUUUAUUAAUUUGUCAUAAAUUUAUGUUAAUAUCAUAAAUUAUGUUAAUUUCCACGCUUUUUCAACCGCUGGGGGGUGCUUUCGGGGGAGGUGCGGUAGCCCCGAAAUAGUUCACGCAUACACUUUUCACGCGAACCGAGG